ACGGCCGCAUGGCAACAGGAUCAGAGCCUGGGAGUUGUCUGCCGCUAGGUCUGCUCCCAUUUUAUCGCAUUUCUUCACUAGAUGGUGUGCAAGCCACUGGAGAGUAGGCUGCACUUACUAGCGCACAGUAGGCUACGGCUCCAACAAAACAAACCUGGAAAACUACAUUAUACGACGCGCCAUUUCUUUAGGCUUUUGAGGAGGAAACUGUGGGAAUAAAAGCUUUGCUUUAAGGUUUUCAUGCGACUUGGAUAAUAUUCAAUCCAGCUGUGAUGGACAUAAUGAUUGCGGUGCAGGAUGUGUGUGUCUCCAGUCAAUGGCUUACCGCUAUAAUUCUCAGUCUGUGCUGCUUUUUGCCUUCGUGCUUACCCGCUGGACAAACUGUGGACUAUGCAUCGAUUGAAAGUGUGGUCACCCGACAAGGCGAUACGGCUCUCCUGAGGUGCACUUCGGAUGGAAUCUCUAAAGGAGCUUGGUUGAACCGUUCCAGCAUCAUCUUCGCAGGGAAUGACAAGUGGUCCGUGGACCCCCGUGUGUCUAUCGUAUCGAGUGGGGGGGAGUACAGCCUGCAGAUACAGAAAGUGGACGUGACUGACGACGGCUUGUAUACCUGCUCUGUUCAGAGCGAGCGCAAUCCGAAGCCAAAGCAUCUUCAUCUAGUCGUUAAAGUUCCCCCCAAGAUCUAUGACAUUUCCUCUGACAUCACGGUAAACGAGGGCAGCAACGUGUCACUCAUCUGCACAGCCAGUGGGAAACCAGAUCCCACCAUCUCCUGGAGACACAUAACCCCAUUAGCCAGGAAGUAUGACAGUGGAGAAUAUCUAAACAUCACCGGUAUCACGAGGGACCAAGCAGGGGACUAUGAAUGCAGUGCAAUGAAUGACAUUGCCUCUCCUGACACCAAGACGGUGAAAGUCAUAGUCAAAUGUAAGUACAUCUCUGUCCUUGCUACAAUUUGGCUGCCAAAGCAGAUUCUCAUCUAUAUCAAUGUGUACUGUUCAUUGACAAUGAGCCAGAUCUCUUUAUGAGCCAUCUAGUCAGAU